CUCAGCAGCAGAUCCCUCCUCCAGUCAGCUGAAGUAAUCCUGACAGCAGGGUCCUCUGUGGAUCCUCCAGGAGCCUGAGCUCUUCCUGCGGACAGCCAGCCGUCAGUCCGUCCCACUGAGCUGUGUUGCUGUCAGUGUCCCCUGGUGGAGCUGUUGCUGCUGCUGCUGCUGGUGCUGAGCAUGUGCUCGGCUGCUCCACAGGACAGGAGCGACGCUUCCCAUCAACACACAGGUUGAGGACAUGGAUUGCUGAGCGUGAGACAGAGCGCUGUCACCAAGCUGUUAUUCUUCCCUGCAUCAUGGAGGCUCGGCCUGGUGCAUCAUGGGAGCUCAUCAACGGUGUGACAGAUACAAUAUAUGAGGGCUGAGAGGUCGUCAUGGAGACUGACAGCUACACCUCAGGCCCUGCCACCACUGACUGGGCUGGGACGGUGGCCGGCCUGGAGGGAAUGGGAGUCCUUCGGGAGCAGGGAGGAGGGGGCUCGCCCAGCAGCUUGGCGUCCUGGUAUGAGCCGUACUCGCUGGGCUUCCAGGUGUCGCUCACCGCCUUCCUCAUGCUGGAGCUGGUGUUGGGUUUCAGCAGCAACCUGACAGUGCUGGUGCUCUACUGCUCUCAAUCCAAUUUGGUGGACUCGGUGAGCAAUAUGGUGACUGUCAAUCUGCACGUGCUGGAUGUGGCGGUGUGUGUGCUGUGUCUGCCCCUCACACUGGUGGUUGUGCUGCUGCCCCCGGGACCAAACCUGGCCCUGCUCUGCUGCUUCCACGAGGCCUGCGUCACCUUUGCCAGCAUAGCCACGGCCAUCAACAUCCUGGUUAUCAGCUUGGACCGAUACGACAUUUCAGUACGGCCGGCCAACAGGCUGUUGACCACACGUAAGGCGACGUUGCUCCUGGCUGCCGUUUGGGUCACCUCGGUAGCUGUGUUCUUUAUCCCGUUCUUGGAAGUGCAGUGGUCCAGUGUAGAAGAAGCAGAGGAGAGAGGGCAGGUGACACCCUUGUCCUUACAUGGUGUCAGUGCCACAGUGGCGCCAGCGUGGCGUAACCAGACAUUGCUGUGUGUUGGCGGGCAGGGCUUCAACACAGGCCUGGGCAUGCGCUACCAUCUUGUCCUGCAGGUACCCAUCUUCUUCACCACAGUGGCAGUGAUGCUGUUCACGUACUCUAGAAUACUGAGAGCUUUAAACAUCCGCAUCGGCUCCCACAUGAAAAAGGGCCAGCGGUUCAGGGGGCACCACAAGAGACAGAAAAAAAAGAAGGCGGGGCUUAGAACGAAUGAUGGAGGGGAGGUCGGAGGGGAGCAGUGCACUGCAGAUGGUACCAAACAGCUCAGCCACCCUCCCCUCAUCCCCUCCCCCUCCCCGACCCCUACAGCUACCUCCCCCCCUGCCCUGUCCUCUUCUGCUCCACUCGUCAUCCCUGACACAGGCGCUGCGACCGCCAUGCCCGCCACCAUGGGUGUCCAAGCCUCCGUGUCGGCAAUUAUUGCCCUGAGGCGGGCAGUGCGGCGACACAGGGAUCGUCGAGAGCGACAGAGGCGGGUGUUCAGGAUGUCCCUAAUCAUUAUCACCACCUUCCUGGGCUGUUGGGCUCCCCUUUCUGUGACCAAUGUGCUAAUCCUAGGCAUAGGCCCCAGUGACGCCCUGGUUAGCCUACGCCUCUGGUUCUUAGCCCUGGCCUAUGGCACCACUGUCUCCCACCCUCUGCUCUACGCUUUCACCAGACAGAAGCUGCGCCGUGCCCUCCGUGCUAAGGUAAAGAAGAGGGUGGUGUCCCUGCUCCAGGUAGACCCUUCACCAGGGGGCACUGUCAUACACAACUCCUGGGUGGAGAACAGAAAAACCAGCCGGCAGGUGCGGCUGGAAGCAAGCGAAGGUACUGACCGCUGCCUGGCAGAAGUCCUGUGAGACUGACACACUUGGGCCGGGCUAUAAUUAAAAAACAGAAUGAGUCACAGGUGUGUUUCAUUAUGAAACUCACCGGUGUGUGAAGCCAGUGUAAGAUAUGUGAAAAACACAUUUCCACCUUUGGGAGAUGUUUUAAUGUAACCACCAGCAGCAAGCCCGUGUGAAACACAGCGCUAACGUUCACCUCAGGCAGCAGUGAGAGCAGGAUGUUGUCAUCACUGUGGUGCACACAGCCUCUGCAGCUGAAACAAAUCACAACAACAAACACACAAGUGUAUAUAAUUUGCACUUUGUCAGAUACUGAAGUCUGUUUACAUACUGUAUGAUAGAGCGCUCUCAUAGUGGUGCUUACCUAACUGCUCCAAAGAAUGUGUUUAGCCAGCAGAUGAUCUGAUCUGCCACCCACUCAAAUGCUCUGAGGCAGCUUUAAAGGAAAAAAUGUUGAUACACUUUGAACAAAUGAACACUUAAAAAAUCUAUUUAAAUGUACUUAAUAUUGUUUCUGCCUUAAUUCUGCUCUGAUGGUAUGAGGUGUAAAAAGGGGGGUGUGUGUUAGAUAUUUACAAUCAGCACACAGUGAUGAUAUGCUGAAGAUGAGAUGUAAAUGUGUCAGCGUUUAAGAGUCAGAGAACAAUUAAAGGCUAUUGUGAAAUUUUAAAUGCAGUUUUGCUUUAGCUUCAGUCAUUAUUAAACAGUCAAUGUUUAGUGUCUUGUGAUGCUCUUUCAGAUAAAUGCAGCUCUUUUUCUCCCAAAUUUGUAUCAAAUGAUGUGAUGUCUCAUUGAUUUUUUUGCAUAUAAUGAUUGGAGAAGCUGAGAUUAUUGAUUAAAGUCAUAAUUAACGUUGAGGGAAGUAGGCUUAUUGGCUUUUUUUUUUU